AUGAGAGUAAUCAAAAUAUCCGCCCCACCCAUACCUAGUGACAUACAGAAAACUGUUCCAAUCGGCUCCCUCCUGUUUGGUAGCUGGGAGGUGGGCAAAUCAGCAAAUGAUGUACAGUUGGCUGACCUAAUCAUCUGGUUCCGAAAAUUGGAGGUGUUUGAAAAACAUAGACUUAUAGGCUACACAGGUGUCCAAGACCGAUUGCUCGAAAAGGCUAGCUACUUCUGGUCGACAGACCCUUAUAUUUACCGUGAUGCUUCUGCUCAAAUAACCUUCAGGGAGUCGUUUUCUUCUUCGACUAAUUCGUCUUCUAACUCACUCACUGGCGUCAGUAACUACGCCUUGGCGUCGAUUUACAAGCCAAUCGGAGUGAAUCUAUUCACUGAUGGUCUCGACUAUGCAUUGGUGGCACUGGUUCCCGAGCUGAACAUGCUUCAGAAUAACUACUUCAUGUUGGGUAAGUUGCUGCAGUAA